GGUUUCACUUUUGUCGCCCAGGCUGGAGUACAAUGGCACAAUCACGGCUCACUGCAACCUCUGCCUCCCGGGCUCAAGGAUCCUCCCGCCUCAGCUUCCUGAGUAGCUGGGACUACAGGCGUACAUGAGCCACCAUGUCCUGCUAAUUUUUAUAUUUUUUGUAGGGACGGGGUUUGGCCAUGUGGGCUAGGCUGGUCUUGAACUCCCGGGCUUAAGCGAUCCGCCCGCCUCGGCCUCCCAAAGUGAUGGGAUUACAAGCGUGAACCACCGCACCUGGCAUCGUGGUCUCCACAUUUCAUCCAGAACGAGUCAAAGGCCUUGACCUCGAGCUUAACACGGACCUGAACCUUUGCUCUUCCCUUGUUUUCCCUUAUCAGUAAACAGCCCCACAGCCACCCAGCUGCACAAGCCAGAAGCUUGGAAAUCAUAUUCGACGUCCUCAUGCCCUUACAUCCAUCCAUUCCAAGUUCUGAUACUUUUGUCUCCAAAAUAUUCCUCAAAUAUUUCUCAAAGUGGGCAAAAUAUUUCUUUGCUCACUUUUUACUUCCCUCUGCUCCAAGCCACAAUCACCUGUCUCCUGGAAGACUACAAAAGGCUCACUGAUCUCCCAGCUCACACUUUUGCACUCACUAUCUCCAGGCCAUUCUCUGUUAUUUUUAUUGUUACUAUUAUUAUUUUGAGACGGAGUCUCGCUCUGUCGCUCAGGCUGGAGAGCAGUGGCAAGAUCUAGGCUCACCGCAAUCUCCGCCUCCCAGGUCAAGCGAUUGAACCUCCAGCCUCAGCCUCCCGAGUAGCCUAUUAUUUAUUUCUAAAAGUAGGUGAUACAGCCAUAUGAUUUAACAAUUCCUGUUCUAUAGGUCCCCUCUCUAGAGGUAACAGGUGCUCUCCAUUCCGUGGUCUCCUUCCAGAUACUGUGGGCGUCCCUGGGUGCUCACCUGGCCGUAUACCUUCCCCCACCCACUUCCCCACAGGGCCCGGGGCCUCCUCGCUCCGCUUGAGACCCUCCAUCCAGGCGCUCCCUCCCUAUUGUCCGUCUCUCUUGGGCACUGCCCGGCCUCCCAGGCUGGGCUGAGUAGGCCAGUCUCCGGUCAGUGAUUCUGUUCCAAAGCUCGAAAGCCUUCGCAGCACUGGGACUGAAACCCCCAGCUCUCAGCCCCGACUCCUUCAGGCCAGGUGCUCCCUCCGCACCCUCUCUAAGGCCCGUUUUCGCGUCAUCUCUUUCCAGCGGCCCGCCCGCCACGUCAUCUCUACCACAGCACCAGUCCUCCACGGCUCUUGACAAUACGUGGGAGGGCAAGUUCAUAGGUGAGGUCUCAUGCUCUUCCUAGGAGGGAGGAGCGCGGCGGGCGGGACCCGCAGCUGGGCUUGGCCCGGGAGCGGGGAAUAAGCUCGCUCCGCGCCUCUCAGUUUAGUGGAUGAAGACUACUAUCCCAGAAACCGUUUCGCCUCGGGCUGGCGAGCUCCUCCCCGCCCUACUCCCUCCGCGCGAAGAAGACUGAGCAUGCGCAACAGGGACAGUGCCUGCGCAAAAGACUACGCGAACGGGUGGCUGGGUUCACUGCAACUCCCGGCAGGCCGGUGGCAUUUUUCAUUCCCUCCCGUGACCAGUGACUUCCGGCACGAAGGGGCGGGGCAGGGCUCGUGGCUGAGCCAGCAGCUGCAGCAGCUACGGGAGUGGCCGGGUGGCCGGCGGGUGCCAGCCGCCAUGGAGGCCGUGCCCCGCAUGCCCAUGAUCUGGCUGGACCUGAAGGAGGCCGGUGACUUUCACUUCCAGCCAGCUGUGAAGAAGUUUGUCCUGAAGAAUUAUGGAGAGAACCCAGAAGCCUACAAUGAAGAACUGAAGAAGCUGGAGUUGCUCAGACAGAAUGCUGUCCGUGUCCCACGAGACUUUGAGGGCUGUAGUGUCCUCCGCAAGUACCUCGGCCAGCUUCAUUACCUGCAGAGUCGGGUCCCCAUGGGCUCGGGCCAGGAGGCCGCUGUCCCUGUCACCUGGACAGAGAUCUUCUCAGGCAAGUCUGUGGCCCAUGAGGACAUCAAGUACGAGCAGGCCUGUAUUCUCUACAACCUUGGAGCGCUGCACUCCAUGCUGGGGGCCAUGGACAAGCGGGUGUCUGAGGAGGGCAUGAAGGUCUCCUGUACCCAUUUCCAGUGCGCAGCCGGCGCCUUCGCCUACCUACGGGAGCACUUCCCUCAAGCCUACAGCGUCGACAUGAGCCGCCAGAUCCUUACGCUCAACGUCAACCUCAUGCUGGGCCAGGCUCAGGAGUGCCUCCUGGAGAAGUCGAUGUUGGACAACAGGAAGAGCUUUCUGGUGGCCCGCAUCAGUGCACAGGUGGUAGAUUACUACAAGGAGGCAUGCCGGGCCUUGGAGAACCCCGACACUGCCUCACUGCUGGGCCGGAUCCAGAAGGACUGGAAGAAACUCGUGCAGAUGAAGAUCUACUACUUCGCAGCCGUGGCUCAUCUGCACAUGGGAAAGCAGGCCGAGGAGCAGCAGAAGUUCGGGGAGCGGGUUGCAUACUUCCAGAGCGCCCUGGACAAGCUCAAUGAAGCCAUCAAGUUGGCCAAGGGCCAGCCUGACACUGUGCAAGACGCGCUUCGCUUCACUAUGGAUGUCAUUGGGGGAAAGUACAAUUCUGCCAAGAAGGACAAUGACUUCAUUUACCAUGAGGCUGUCCCAGCAUUGGACACCCUUCAGCCUGUAAAAGGAGCCCCCUUGGUGAAGCCCUUGCCAGUGAACCCCACAGACCCAGCUGUUACAGGCCCUGACAUCUUCGCCAAACUGGUACCCAUGGCUGCCCACGAGGCCUCAUCACUGUACAGUGAGGAGAAGGCCAAGCUGCUCCGGGAGAUGAUGGCCAAGAUUGAGGACAAGAAUGAGGUCCUGGACCAGUUCAUGGAUUCAAUGCAGUUGGAUCCCGAGACGGUGGACAACCUUGAUGCCUACAGCCACAUCCCACCCCAGCUCAUGGAGAAGUGCGCAGCUCUCAGCGUCCGGCCCGACACUGUCAGGAACCUUGUACAGUCCAUGCAAGUGCUGUCAGGUGUGUUCACGGAUGUGGAGGCUUCCCUGAAGGACAUCAGAGAUCUGUUGGAGGAGGAUGAGCUGCUAGAGCAGAAGUUUCAGGAGGCGGUGGGCCAGGCAGGGGCCAUCUCCAUCACCUCCAAGGCUGAGCUGGCAGAGGUGAGGCGAGAAUGGGCCAAGUACAUGGAAGUCCAUGAGAAGGCCUCCUUCACCAACAGUGAGCUGCACCGUGCCAUGAACCUGCACGUCGGCAACCUGCGCCUGCUCAGCGGGCCGCUUGACCAGGUCCGGGCUGCCCUGCCCACACCGGCCCUCUCCCCAGAGGACAAGGCCGUGCUGCAAAACCUAAAGCGCAUCCUGGCUAAGGUGCAGGAGAUGCGGGACCAGCGCGUGUCCCUGGAGCAGCAGCUGCGUGAGCUUAUCCAGAAAGAUGACAUCACUGCCUCGCUGGUCACCACAGACCACUCAGAGAUGAAGAAGUUGUUCGAGGAGCAGCUGAAAAAGUAUGACCAGCUGAAGGUGUACCUGGAGCAGAACCUGGCCGCCCAGGACCGUGUCCUCCGUGCACUGACAGAGGCCAACGUGCAGUACGCAGCCGUGCGGCGGGUACUCAGCGACUUGGACCAAAAGUGGAACUCCACGCUGCAGACCCUGGUGGCCUCGUAUGAAGCCUAUGAGGACCUGAUGAAGAAGUCGCAGGAGGGCAGGGACUUCUACGCAGAUCUGGAGAGCAAGGUGGCUGCUCUGCUGGAGCGCACGCAGUCCACCUGCCAGGCCCGCGAGGCUGCCCGCCAGCAGCUCCUGGACAGGGAGCUGAAGAAGAAGCCGCCGCCACGGCCCACAGCCCCAAAGCCGCUGCUGCCCCGCAGGGAGGAGAGUGAGGCAGUGGAAGCAGGAGACCCCCCUGAGGAGCUGCACAGCCUCACCCCUGACAUGGUGGCUGGCCCACGACUGCCUGACACCUUCCUGGGAAGUGCCACCCCGCUCCACUUUCCUCCCAGCCCCUUCCCCAGCUCCACAGGCCCAGGACCCCACUAUCUCUCAGGCCCCUUGCCCCCUGGUACCUACUCGGGCCCCACCCAGCUGAUACAGCCCAGGGCCCCAGGGCCCCCUGCAAUGCCCGUAGCACCUGGGCCUGCCCUCUACCCAGCCCCUGCCUACACACCGGAGCUGGGCCUUGUGCCCCGAUCCUCCCCACAGCAUGGCGUGGUGAGCAGUCCCUAUGUGGGGGUAGGGCCGGCCCCACCAGUUGCAGGUUUCCCCUCGGCCCCACCUCCUCAAUUCUCAGGCCCCGAGUUGGCUAUGGCGGUUCGGCCAGCCACCACCACAGUAGAUAGCAUCCAGGCGCCCAUCCCCAGCCACACAGCCCCACGGCCAAACCCCACCCCUGCUCCUCCCCCGCCCUGCUUCCCUGUGCCCCCACCGCAGCCACUGCCCACGCCUUACACCUACCCUGCAGGGGCCAAGCAACCCAUCCCAGCACAGCACCACUUCUCUUCAGGGAUCCCCGCAGGUUUUCCAGCCCCAAGGAUUGGGCCCCAGCCCCAGCCCCAGCCCCAUCCUCAUCCUCAGCCCCAUCCUUCACAAGCGUUUGGGCCUCAGCCCCCACAGCAGCCCCUUCCACUCCAGCAUCCACAUCUCUUCCCACCCCGGGCCCCAGGACUCCUACCCCCACAAUCCCCCUACCCCUAUGCCCCUCAGCCUGGGGUCCUGGGGCAGCCGCCACCCCCCCUACACACCCAGCUCUACCCAGGUCCCGCUCAAGACCCUCUGCCAGCCCACUCAGGGGCUCUGCCUUUCCCCAGCCCUGGGCCCCCUCAGCCUCCCCAUCCCCCACUGGCAUAUGGUCCUGCCACUUCUACCAGACCCAUGGGCCCCCAGGCAGCCCCUCUUACCAUUCGAGGGCCCUCGUCUGCUGGCCAGUCCACCCCUAGUCCCCACCUGGUGCCUUCACCUGCCCCAUCUCCAGGGCCUGGUCCGGUACCCCCUCGCCCCCCAGCAGCAGAACCACCCCCUUGCCUGCGCCGAGGCGCCGCAGCUGCAGACCUGCUCUCCUCCAGCCCGGAGAGCCAGCAUGGCGGCACUCAGCCUCCUGGGGGUGGGCAGCCCCUGCUGCAGCCCACCAAGGUGGAUGCAGCUGAGGGUCGUCGGCCGCAGGCCCUGCGGCUGAUUGAGCGGGACCCCUAUGAGCAUCCUGAGAGGCUGCGGCAGUUGCAGCAGGAGCUGGAGGCCUUUCGGGGCCAGCUGGGGGAUGUGGGAGCUCUGGACACUGUCUGGCGAGAGCUGCAAGAUGCGCAGGAACAUGAUGCCCGAGGCCGUUCCAUCGCCAUCGCCCGCUGCUACUCACUGAAGAACCGGCACCAGGAUGUCAUGCCCUAUGACAGUAACCGUGUGGUGCUGCGCUCAGGCAAGGAUGACUACAUCAAUGCCAGCUGCGUGGAGGGGCUCUCCCCAUACUGCCCCCCGCUAGUGGCAACCCAGGCCCCACUGCCUGGCACAGCUGCUGACUUCUGGCUCAUGGUCCAUGAGCAGAAAGUGUCGGUCAUUGUCAUGCUGGUUUCUGAGGCUGAGAUGGAGAAGCAAAAAGUGGCACGCUACUUCCCCACCGAGAGGGGCCAGCCCAUGGUGCACGGUGCCCUGAGCCUGGCAUUGAGCAGCGUCCGCAGCACCGAAACCCAUGUGGAGCGCGUGCUGAGCCUGCAGUUCCGAGACCAGAGCCUCAAGCGCUCUCUUGUGCACCUGCACUUCCCCACUUGGCCUGAGUUAGGCCUGCCCGACAGCCCCAGCAACUUGCUGUGCUUCAUCCAGGAGGUGCACGCACAUUACCUGCAUCAGCGGCCGCUGCACACACCCAUCAUUGUGCACUGCAGCUCUGGUGUGGGCCGCACGGGAGCCUUUGCACUGCUCUAUGCAGCUGUGCAGGAGGUGGAGGCUGGGAACGGAAUCCCUGAGCUGCCUCAGCUGGUGCGGCGCAUGCGGCAGCAGAGGAAGCACAUGCUGCAGGAGAAGCUGCACCUCAGGUUCUGCUAUGAGGCAGUGGUGAGACACGUGGAGCAGGUCCUGCAGCGCCAUGGUGUGCCUCCUCCAUGCAAACCCUUGGCCAGUGCAAGCAUCAGCCAGAAGAACCACCUUCCUCAGGACUCCCAGGACCUGGUCCUCGGUGGGGAUGUGCCCAUCAGCUCCAUCCAGGCCACCAUUGCCAAGCUCAGCAUUCGGCCUCCUGGGGGGUUGGAGUCCCCGGUUGCCAGCUUGCCAGGCCCUGCAGAGCCCCCAGGCCUCCCGCCAGCCAGCCUCCCAGAGUCUACCCCAAUCCCAUCUUCUUCCCCGCCCCACCUUUCCUCCCCACUACCUGAGGCUCCCCAGCCUAAGGAGGAGCCGCCAGUGCCUGAAGCCCCCAGCUCGGGGCCCCCCUCCUCCUCCCUGGAAUUGCUGGCCUCCUUGACCCCAGAGGCCUUCUCCCUGGACAGCUCCCUGCGGGGCAAACAGCGGAUGAGCAAACAUAACUUUCUGCAGGCCCAUAACGGGCAAGGGCUGCGGGCCACCCGGCCCUCUGACGACCCCCUCAGCCUUCUGGAUCCACUCUGGACACUCAACAAGACCUGAACAGGUUUCGCCUACCUGGUCCUUACACUACAUCAUCAUCAUCUCAUGCCCACCUGCCCACACCCAGCAGAGCUUCUCAGUGGGCACAGUCUCUUACUCCCAUUUCUGCUGCCUUUGGCCCUGCCUGGCCCAGCCUGCACCCCUGUGGGGUGGAGAUGUACUGCAGGCUCUGGGUCAGGUUCUGCUCCUUUAUGGGACCUGACAUUUUUCAGCUCUUUGCUAUUGAAAUAAUAAACCACCCUGUUCUGUG